CCCUAAUUCCUCCUAAACCCCCCACUUGAGAGUUGAGAGAGCUGCUUCAUCUCCCUCCCUCCAAAUAAAGCUGUUUGUGAGAAGCCUCUCUGCAUGCCCAAGUCCCCAACAAGGACGCAGGACACUCUCAGCCCUUCCCUUCUUGCCUUCAAGCCUCGCCAAGUUCUUCUCCUUGCAAACAGUAACUUACCCAUGAAGCAGAGCAACCCCAACAGCUCUCCCGACCACAAGGGUCCUCUCCUCCACGCCGUUGCUAAGUUCCUCAAGGCCAAUGGGUUCUCCAAAACCCUCAAAAAGUUUCUUUCUGAAGCUCCAAUCGAGAAAAAUGGGAUGAAGGAUUCUUCACUGGAUUUGGAAGAGAUGUGUUGCAAGUAUUCUGAAAUGUGUAAUAAGGGCAAUACUAGUGAAAACAGUCAGAAGGAGAAUGGGAAUGAUCCAGCUCCAGAGAAAUUUAUAAAACCUAAGGACAUGAAGAAAAACAAGAAGAUUUCUGAAGUACUCGAUCAAGGUGAUGAACAAGUAUGCGUAGAAGAGACACAGGAAAAAUUUGAGGAUAAGAAGAAAAAGAAAAAGAAGUUAAAUGAUGCCAAUGAAAUUAGUGAAACAAUUGCAGAUGAAAACCUAUUGGAUGUUAAAACUAAAGUAAAGAAGAAUAAGAAGAAAAGUUCAGGUGGCAAGGAUGAGGAGGUAGUCGCCAUGGGAGAUGCAAGUGACACUGUUUUGAAAAAGGAAGGUUUCAAAAUAUCUGAUGUUGAUGCUACAGAUGAUAAGGAAAACAAAAGCUCCAGAAAACGGAAAAGAUUGGAUUGUGAAGAAAAUGAUUCAGUGCCUGGGAAGAGCAAAGAAGAUGAAUGUUCUGAGAAGUCUUCCAUGCAGAAGAGCAUAAAGAAGCAGCGCAAUGGUUCAACUGAGCCAAAAAAGGCAUUUCAAAGGGUAAAAUUGGAUGAUGUGGUAUUCACAGAUGAGAAGCUUAAAGAUAACUCUUACUGGGCAAAGGAUGGUGCAGAGAUUGGCUAUGGUGCAAAAGCUCAGGAAAUUCUUGGUCAAGUAAAAGGAAGGGACUUUCGGCAUGAAAAGACCAAGAAGAAGCGUGGAACAUACAGAGGAGGGCAGAUUGAUCUACAAUCACACUCAGUGAAGUUCAAUUAUUCUGAUGAAGAUUGACUGGAAGUCUUCACGGCCUAAGCUCAAGAAGUGCUUGCUUUUAUGUUCGUUGCUUUGGAGAACACAUGCAGAAGAAUUAGCCUUGCUGGAGUUGUAUGGUAAAGGUGGUGCCAUUAAUGAAUUUUGGGUUCACUACAUGUACUGCAUAUUACGAGUUCUUUUUCCCCUUUUAUUUGUCUUUGGCUCUAAUCCUGGCAUCAACCAAGAAAUGUCCCUUUGUAAUUUUUUGUUGAUGCUACAAGGAUAUAAUUAACGGACUUCCUUAGAUCAUUCAAUUCGAUUGACUAUCAGAUACAGAGUUUAGUAGAUGAACGGUUCUGGCUAAGUUUGCUGGGCACCAAUUCUACCCA